AGACUAGCCGGCAGCCUGCACGUGUGUGUCCCCAGGCUAGGCUAGCGCAGGGCCAUUCUGCAUCAACCGAGCUCAUGCACGUCGCACAUGCAGCACACAGUAUAUACAGCGCGCUAAACUUUGUGUCGUAGAGAAAGAUGAAAACAGCAAACAUUUGAAGACGAUUCGAGUGGACGUUCCAGUAAAACAAAACAAUACUUGUCCUCAGGGUCAAGCAGUUGGAGACUGAUCGAGACUGGUCAAAUCAGGUGAAAGUCACAUUAUUGAUGGUCGACUCCUGAGACGUUGCAACAUCAGGCAUCAAGUUCCAGCUGCUUCUUUGACUUUGGAAACGGUUGUGUGAGUCUGCGCUGGCCGCCCGGUGCUGCUGCAUCAGCGAUUCACACAUUGUAAUCUCGAACUGCGUCGUCAGGUCAGCCUUGCUUGACCAUGGCAUUACCUCAUCUGGACACCAAUACAGGCCUUCCCCCAGCCCAGGGUCUAUACAACCCAGAAUAUGAGAAAGAUGCGUGUGGGGUUGGAUUUAUUGUGAAUAUCAAGGGAGAACAAUCAAAUAAGAUCAUAAAAGAUGCCCAGACUAUCCUAUGCCGUAUGAAGCAUCGAGGGGCUACAGGGGGUGACAAUGACACUGGAGAUGGUGCUGGUGUUAUGACAGGCAUACCUCACAAACUAUAUGCACGUAUACUCAGAGACGAGCAGCAGGUAGAGCUUCCAGAGCCUGGUCGCUAUGCAACGGGUAUAUUCUUCCUCGAUCAAGACACUGCCAGCCUUUGUGAGAAAAAGUUUGAAGAACUUGCCAUUGAGUGUAAAUUAAAGGUACUAGCAUGGCAUAAUGUUCCACAUGAUACGAAUGUCCUCGGCCGCUCUGCCAGAGCGAGGGAACCGUUGCUACGUCAGGUCUUCGUGACUGGCGAGCAGGAGAAGGAACUUUUUGAACAGCGUGUAAGUAUGAAUGCGAUAAAAGUUGAUUUGUUUGAAUGAUAGGCAUAAAGAGAGGGAAAGGGGGGGGGAUCAUAUACCAUUUUUAGUGAGUCGCUGAUCCGGACCAGUCUCGGGCAAUAAAGUCGUAAAACUUUGAGUUUAUGAAUGGCGCGGGCUAUUUUGAUGCUGCUGUUAUCAGCACCAGACCCGCAUGCCCAAGUUUUUAAAUGGGUGAUCGUAAAAGUAGUGCCGGCUCUGCUAUAGUUACUGAACGCAAUGGUGCAGACUAUUUUCAGCGCUGGCCUGGUGCGGAGCAAAAAAUCAUAAGUUACUAAAAUCGGUAUUGGAAAUGAUACAUUUAUUCAACCUCCCAUCCAACAAUUUCUCAUAUAAAGCAGUUCAUUCCUUUGUAGGGACAGUGAAUUUCCUAACGGUAAAGCUGAAUAUUUCGUUCAGUUCUUUUAUUUUCAUGUGAAAAUCAUUUGCCUGUACCAUUUCAAUCUUAAGAACUUGCCCUUUUCAAGGCCAUUGUUCAAUUACUCAUAACCGAUGAAAAGCGAUAAACUUUCAGGAUCAAAGCCAACUACCAAACAAUGU